GGGGCCUGAAGUGAGACAAAACUCAUUUACUUUCAAGGCAAGGAGCGCACCCGGCCGAAAUAUUACAUACAUUACAUACGCAUACCUAACGGUACGCAGCCUCCAACACAGUGAGGAAAAAGCGGGAAGCCGCUGGCUGUUCGAGGAACCAGGCCAGGACGGCGGUUGCCACCCAGCAAAACCAAUAUUGUCGAUUAUCACAAUCACGCUGGCGCUAGAAUCUCACCACGAAACUCAAGCAGGCUCAACAGAGUCUCUCGAGUCCCGUCCCCUGCCUCAUCAAUAUCAGGGAGGGGCCCAAAGGAAAUGAAUGAUGGUGGCCAGCUCGCGAUCGUCGCUACGACACUCGGUGCGACCCCAGCAGCAGUCACUAAAGCCGAAAAAGUCGGUUCGACGUGACGGCCACGAGAAUCAGAGGAAUAACGCCGGCGGCGGUGAUGAUAAUGAGGAUGUUUUAGGAAUUAAUGGCGAUAGUCGGCGAUCCAAACCAUUGACCGCAAGCAAGAGUCUGCCGAAUCUGAAAUCCCGCAGUAGCCAUCAUAAUGAGGGUAAUAAUCAUACCAAACGGCCUCGUCGUCCAUCGUCACCACCCUCGCCAUCGCGCCCCCAUCGUUCGCAGCCCGUGACGAAUAAUUACCGUGCAAAACACCAGCAGACGACCCUGGACGGGUUUCUCACCGCGAAAAAGGAGGCGGGGACGAGCGAGGAAAACGGGCAACCCCCUGCCAAAAAGGCUCGUCGAGGCGAUUCAGACCAUCACCAUCAUACCACCGUGACCAAACAACCCCUCCAAAGUCGCGACUCACCCGAUCCCCUCAACGUUCUCGUAACUCCGGACCGAUUGCGCACGCGUCAGAGAUCAAAUACAUAUAAUACAGCCGAUAGCUCGACUCGGUCGACGCGGCACACAGCUCAGAAACCUAUCAUUAUCGCCAAUGACGAUGUCUCUGAGUCUAAGGCUGAACAGAAUGAGGCUGUUAUACAGGAACAGACAGGCAGGGCUCCAGAGAAACGCUCGCUGCGGUCGCAUGAUGGAGGCUCGCGGUCUAAGAGCGAACUAGCAAUGUACUUUCCCAACUACGAGCAGAUUAUCAGCCUGGAGCCCGUCAAACAAGAGUUCCUAGGUCCUGAAACAAUAAUCGCUUUGAUAGACGAUCUAACAGAACCACCUCUUCCCAAAUCCCCUCCAUCCUCUCCUUCUCGAACUCGCAAACAGCGGAAGUCCAAUGACCAGAUUUCGCCAUUUGGGAACCCGUUGCUCGAGCUGUAUCAGGUUGAGAAAGCCGAGCUUCCACAAAUCGGAGAUAGUCCCGUGGUAGUUGAUCCGUUGAGCAAUGAGAUAUACUUCAAAGCUCACCGGCGACAUGAACGGCAAGAGAAGCAGCUACGGAAUAUCGAGAAAGAACGCGCUCAACAUGAGAAGAUACAAUUAGAUCGCCUGCUAGAUGAGCUGCAGGGUCACGAUUGGCUGCGUGUGAUGGGAAUCAGCGGCAUCACCGAUACAGAGAAGAAGCUGUACGAACCAAAGCGCAAUUACUUUGUGCGCGAAGUCUCUGCUCUGAUCGACAAGUUCCGCAUGUGGAAGGAAGAAGAGAAACGGCGGAAGCUGGAACGCGAGCAAAUGCUUCUCGAAGCCGCUGCCGCCGAGGAAGAGGAACAAGACGAGGAAGAAGCUCCCGACACAGAACAAAGCGAGACUGAAACUGCAGCUGAAGACGUCCAGCCCUCGUCAUCAGAUAACCAAAGCUAUGGUACACCUCCGGACCCCAAUGACGUCGACGCCUGGGCUGCCCGUCAACUGCUUCAAGAAGCGCGAUCUGCAUCCGGGCCGGGACCUGCCCCAGCACGACGCCGUCUAGUUGAUGCUUUGACAGGAUCUCCUCCCAAGCCUCAACCGCAACCGCAACCGCAGCCUAAGCAUGACGAAAAAGAAGAGGAACGAAGCCGACCAUUCGUAUCCUUUUAUCCCAAACGUCACCUUCGCGAUGCCGCCAUGUCUGCGCGCCGAGGCGGUCGAAAUAGAACGGCAUUCGGUCGACCUCUGCCGGAGAUUGACCAGCACGAUUUCCAACUUCCAUCAGAUAUACUCACCGAGGAGGCCGUGGAUGCAACUGAACGCAAGCGACGGCGACUGAAACGAGAGAGCAGGGGAUAGUCACUUCUUUUUUCACUUAUUUAUCUCCAUUUUAAACGAUUCUAAUUGAUUGUAUUAUUUCCGCGGACUUUUCAGUUUCCUAUAAUGGGACGAGUCAAUGCGAUUUUUUCUUUCCGAUGGUAGAUUCUAUCAUGUGUGGUUUGAUUUUUCUUAAUUACUGUACUACGAGAAAAGCGAGCUUGACUUUAUCUAUGGUUUAUGAUAUUGCAUACAUGUAUUCAUAGUGAUCGAUAGAAUAAUAUUAAGCAGCAGAGUACGUAUAUUU